GAACUUGAAUGAGUGGAGAGAAGACACGUGUCGUCAGCUAGAACAGAUAAUUCUGCGACUCUUGAGAAAGGAAGACGAAGGAUUUAGUUGAAGAAGGAAGAAGGAAGAAGAAGAAGAAGAGUGUUGUGAUAAUCUAACAUAGAAAGAAGAAGAUGGCCUUGUAUCAAGUCUCUGCGUCUCUCGCCUUCUCUCUUCCCAAUUCUGGCGCAAUAAAGCUAACCACAAUCGCAAACCAUAGUUCUUCUACUUGUAGGGUUCAUGUUCCGCAACUUGCUGGAAGCAGAUCCACCUUCGCUUCUGGUUCUCCUCUCUUGCCAUUGAAGUUGAGUAUGACUCGUAGAGGAGGAAACAGAGCAGCAACAGUUUCAAUUAGAAGUGAGCAAAGUACAGAAGGAAGCAGUGGUUUGGACAUAUGGCUUGGUCGUGGCGCCAUGAUUGGCUUUGCUGUUGCCAUUACUGUUGAGAUUACCACUGGUAAAGGACUUCUUGAGAAUUUUGGAGUAGCAAGUCCAUUGCCUACGGUUGCUUUAGCUGUUACAGCAUUGGUUGGUGUUUUAACUGCGGUUUUUAUCUUCCAAUCUUCUUCUAAAAACUGAUUAAAAAAAAAAUCUCGUGCCGCCCGCCUACCAUUUUGUUGUAUUAAGAUUCUUGUAUCAUAUAUCUCUCGACUUCUACAUUCAUCAGUUGAUAUAUCUUUACAUUUUUAGUUUUUGUGGAUCAUGAUUGUGACUACAGUUGAUAUCCCUAUUAAGAGUGUUUUGUCUUUUGA